CUUCACUUGCUGGAGUUUCAGUUUCGGAGGCAUUUCUGCAACAAGAUUACAGAGCACGACCUAUAUUUCAGCCAAGCUGCAAUCUUUGUCUGCGGACUUGUGUUUCAGCACCUUGGUGUUUUAAGUCUGGUGGGUUCUAGAAGGUGGGUGGAUUAGAAAUACUGGUAAAGGGAGAUUGAAGUUUGGGGUUUUGGAAUCAUGAAUGGAUUAUCUCUGUCUGUUUUUGUCUUUACAAUGUAUGGAUUGUUGAUCACUGGGUUCACAGAUCCGUACUUCUCACGUGUGGAAUUUGGGAUUAGAAGUGAUUCAAGUGAAUCUUCUGAAACCUACAAGUAUGAUAGAAUUGAUGAGGUGAAGAAACAGUGCAAAUCUGUUCUAUCAUCUGCUUCUGAAUUGAGGCCUGAGGUUAAUAGAGCUUAUAAUGUGAAAGAAGAGCUCAAUUUUGUGUAUGGGGAUUGGGACCAGGAAGUAGGUGAUGCUCCUAUUAUGCCAUUUGAUGAUAAAGUGGAUAUCCCAGAGUCCGAGAGUCCUUUGAAAUUAGUUUCUUUCCGGAUCACGGAUGUUGAUCAGGCUCAUCAAGCUAAGAAGUACGUAAGUGUGAGUGGGAUUUUGUUGUUGGGCAUCACAUUGCAUAAUUCACUUGGAGAGCCGUAUGAAGGAAACCUUAAAUUUCAGAUAAGGCCUGGUCAUACUCAGCUUACUAUUUUGUUUGAAGGGAUUUACACUGAGACCAAACUGAAUGGUGGAGAAAGAGAAAGAGUGAUGUGUUUGUUGGGAAAUACAAUGUUGCCAUCUCGAGAGUCUGAUAAGAGCCAUCCAUGGGAGUGGUUGGAGGUUUCCAAUCCAAAUUACAAUCAACCCCCUCUUUUGCAAGAUGAUCAAAUUCUUCUUGUUCUUCACUAUCCAAUGACAUUUACAUUGACUAGCCGGGUGAUACGAGGAGAGAUGAAAAGUUUAAACCCAAAAGCAAAUUCUAAGUACUUUGAUGAAGUUCACAUUUUUUCCCAACUGCCUAGGUCAGCACGCUAUGAGUUUGGUGCCCAUGAAGUUGUCUCCAAGGCAUGUGAUCCCUAUCCUUAUAGUGGAGAUAGCUUCAUGAAUAGCAGCAUUGAUAUCUAUAAAGGAACUGGGUUUUGUAGAAUUCUUGAGGAAGUUACUAAUAUGGAUGCUUUCAUGGUUGUCCCAAACUGGAGAUGUAAUGGAAAAACUGAUUACUGCAGUAAGUUGGGUCCAUUUGCCUCAGAUGAAGGGAUCAAAGCUACAAAUGGUAGCUUCAAAAAUGUCCAACUUUAUAUGCAGGAUGUUAUGUGUGAGCCAACACGUGGACCUGGGAAUUCUAGUUCAGCAAAGGUUGCUGCAGUAUUUCGGGUUGCCCCCCCCUCAACGAAUCAAUAUCGAGAUGGAUGGAGAUCUGCACUUAACAAAAUGACUCUGGCUGCCGAGGGAGUUUGGAAGUCCUCCAGUGGGCAGCUUUGCAUGAUCGGUUGCCUUGGACCUGUUGAUGCAGAAGGAACUAGCUGUAACUCUCGGAUCUCUUUGUAUAUUCUUAUUUCAUUCUCCAUAAAGCAGCGAAGCAUAAUUUCUGGGAGUAUAUCAGGCACUGAUAGAAGAAAGGCAUCAUACUUCCCUUUAUCAUUUGAAAAGCUAGCGAGGUCCUCAGAAUUCUGGAAUUAUUAUAGAUCCUCUUAUCCAUAUUAUAAGUACUCUAAAAUAAAGUCAGCUGGCACCAUCUUAGAGAAGGUUGAGCCAGUCAGUUUUAGAACUGUUAUCAAGAAAUCCUUGCUGCAAUUCCCAAAACUGGAAGAUGCUGAAACAUACUUAUCUAGCCUUUCUCUCCUUGCUGAAGAUCUAACCCUUCAGAUCUCUGCAGUUGCUGACCCAUUUCAUAAUUCUCAUUCCCCAAGAAUAGAUAUUGGGAUGCAGAUUCUCUCUGUUGGCCCCUUGUUUGGACGAAGGUUCAGGUCUUUGAGAAAUGCAUCCAUAGAGGAGGAGAAACCGUAUUUCACUAAAGAUGAAUACACUGAAAAACAGCUGCUCUUGAAUGUAUCAGCUCAGCUAAUGUUGUCUGGAAAUGCUUAUAGCAACUUUUCUUUUCUUUUUGUUGAGGGUCUUUAUGAUCCAAGGAUUGGGAAGAUGUAUCUUGUUGGCUGCAGGGAUGUGCGUGCCUCAUGGCAGAUCUUAUUUGAGAGCAUGGAUCUUGAAGAAGGGUUGGAUUGUCUAAUAGAAGUUAUAGUGUCUUACCCACCCACUACAUCACGGUGGUUGGUCCAUCCAAUAGCGAAAAUUUCCAUAGCCAGCCAAAGAACGGAAGAUGACCCUCUUCAUUUUGACACGGUUAAGCUCCAAACUUUUCCAAUUAUGUACAGGAAGCAGCGAGAGGACAUUCUUUCUCACAGGGGUGUUGAGGGCAUCCUCCGUUUUCUAACACUUUCAUUGGCAGUUGCUUCGGUUACAAGCCAACUGUUUUACAUCAAGCACAAGACAGAUUUCGUUCCUUUCAUAUCCCUUGUCAUGCUGGGUGUCCAAGCUCUUGGAUAUGGUCUUCCUCUGAUCACUGGUGCAGAAGCUCUCUUUAAAAGAGGGGCCUCUGAAUCUGAUGUAAUGCCAUCUUACAAUCUUGAGAGGAGUCAGUGGAUCAACAUGAUUGAUUACAUGGUGAAGCUUCUUGUAUUGGUAAUGUUCCUUCUAACUCUGAGGCUUUGUCAAAAGGUAUGGAAAUCCCGUGUCAGAUUACUUUCUCGAGCUCCACUUGAACCUCACCGUGUCCCAAGUGACAAGCAGGUAUUUAUCACAACCGUGAUGAUGCAUGUGAUUGGAUAUUUAAUUAUUCUGAUCAUCCAUACUGUCAAAGCUGAUCAGAGACCACUUCAAACAGAGAGGUUUAUAGAUUCAAGGGGCCGAUCCCGAACAUCUCAGGGAUGGGAAACCGAACUGGAGGAGUAUAUUGGUCUUGCUCAAGAUUUCUUCUUGCUACCUCAAGUUAUUGGUAAUUUUGUUUGGCAGCUCAAUUGUAAGCCACUCAGGGAACAUUACUUCAUUGGGAUAACGGUGGUUAGACUUCUCCCUCAUUUGUAUGAUUACAUAAGAGCUCCCAUUGCCAAUCCCUACUUUGUGGAGGAUUAUGAGUUUGUUAACCAAAGGAAGGACUUCUACUCAAAGUUCGGGGAUAUUGCCAUUCCCAUCACUGCAAUUUUCCUUGCAACUGCAGUCUAUAUCCAGCAAAAGUGGGAUUAUGACCAGCUUAAACAGAUUCUUCGUUUUCUUCCUUUAGGUUCAAGAAAGUAUGAGAGAUUGCCUUCCAAGUCUACUGAAGCCGAGCUUGCUUCCAGUGUUAAUGGAAAUGCCUUGCACAGACCAGAGCAUGAUGAUGAAGAAUAGUUCAUUACAUUCUCAUGUGACUUGCAGAUCUUUUGCAUACAUAGAAGAAGAAGGUAUUGUUGUAAUGUCAUACAUAGAAUACUAAAUAGAGAGCCUUGGUCUUAUGCUCUGCAGAUAUUUAACAUUUUUCUGGACCCUAUCAGUCAAGUCUUAGGGGCUCUUCUAAGUUGAUCUUAACACUUUUUAGACUUUAAGUAACUGUUGUCUGCCCUUGAUUUUGUUUGUAUGAAAGAAUGAGAUUCAUGAUAUCUUGUUUUGCACUGAAACAGCAUUUUCUUUCUAAUUUCUUUCUAUAUCCCUGUAAAAGAAAUAAGAGAACCAGUA